UCCUUCUGGGAAGCAGCUACACAGCACACCUCGGUCAACCUUUGCACAACAUUUCUCCAUUUCAUAGACAAAGCACAAGAAAAUGUGGGUAAGGCUGAUGUGAAGUGUGCGACUGAACAGAGAGCAGGUGGAACCACAGAGACCUACAGGGACAGGUGAGCAGAGCUUCAUCUGAAUGCAACAAGAGGACAUCAGAAGGCUCAUAUUUGGACUCAUACAUAUGCUGUUAAAUGCUGCCUUCACCUUUCAGUUGAUAUUGAACCGAGGAGCCUCCUGUCACUCAACCUUGCCACCUAGUGGAGCUCUGAAGGUUCAACCCCUCUCUGGUCAGCAGAUGACUACCUCCCUCAUCAGGGGAGAUGCCUGCCCUACAACAUCUCCUCCACAUCCCAUUUAGCCUCCACCUGCUGAAGACAAUCUAACACAAGCCAGCUUUGUGGCUUUGUCGAAAAAAUGAAAACCUCCAGCUUUAGUUCCAGUUGCUCAAGAGUCUGCUGGAUCUUGUAGAAGUGAGCUAUAUAUGUGAUGGACUCCCACAAUCAAUAGUUUCAUGCUAGAGUUCGUGAUACUCCAAAGCAAGAGGCAGAUUCCAUUUAAAAAGGAGCAAAUUGAGCCGCACAGGAGAAGCUCCUUCCCAGUAGAGACUGCACAAACAAGAGCACAGCCAGAUGGAACUACCAUCAAAUGAGACAGCCACACCAACGGCGACAGCAAACAAUGGCACUUUGACGGGCAAAUACACCAGUCACAACUGGGAGUUCUUGGUGGCUGUCCUGGUCACAGCCAUCUCUGUGUCCAUCCUCACGGCCCUUCUGGCUAAAUGUCAGGUGGUCCGGCACUACCUGGCCAGCUACAGACACACACGGCUCCGAGAGGCAGACACUGUCAGCCACUGUGAUCCAUCAGGCCUGGAGGUGGGAUUUUCCAUGCACGGGGGACGUGGAAUGAACCCUGACUGCAUCCCUCCUGUGAGCGAGGAGGACGAUGACGGCUUCAUUGAGGACAACUACAUCCCAGCCAGUGAGAGAGCGAGAGCCGAGCGAGCGGCGGAGAUCUUAGACGAGGACACAGAGGAGGAGAUGGAUGAGAUUGAAUUUACCAUCGCUUAGUAGCAGCGUCUCUACACCCCCUCAACUCAAUUUUUGUUGAUCGAGUCAGAAAGGCCCCUGAGCCACCAGUUCCACUCCAUUCUUUCCUGCGUGUUUAAAAAUUCAUGUUUCCUGGCAGAAAAUGGACACUUGUUUAGUGUGGGACAAGCACUAAAACAUGUAAAUACGUCUUCACUUCUGGGAAAUAUGGAAUAACUUAAUGCAAAGAGCAUUAGUAUGACAAUAGUUCUCAGUGUGGGAUCUGAAGACUCAACAAGUCUGCAUGAUAGCGAAUUUCAGCAUAUUCUCAGGAAAAUGUACAACCAUGUGAAAAAAUAAGUAAAAACGCUGGCUUUUGAGAUUUUUGUCCAAGGAAACUUUUGACCCUCUUUGAUACACAUCUACAUAUAGAGCUUGACUAUAGCUUUUUAAAUCAUUUAUUCACCAAAUAUGUCAAUAGAUGUAAUAUUCUCCUGGAAAAGUAAGUACAACCUUGACAUCAAAUCUAUUAUUCCCCCCUUCAGGAGAAAUAACUUCUUGUAGGCAUUUUGCAUAUUUCCCCCAUAGUCUCUGACAUUGGUUUGGUGACAUUUUUGAUCUUCCCAUGUAAAAUUCCUUCACUUGCAUGAUGUUUGAAGGUUUUCUUACAUGUACUGCCUGUUUCAAAUCCCCCAACAACACUUCAAUAGGAUUCCGCUCUGGGCUUUGACUGGGUUGUUCCAUAACCUUCCAUUUCUUCUUUCUGAGCGACUCCUUGGUGGAUUUACUUUGUGUGCUUGGGCACAUUAAUUUGCUGAAAGGUCCACUUCUGGUUCAACUUCAACUUUCAGACAGGUGGCCAUGUAAUAUUAUAAAGCACUCUUUGACACGAUGCAGGAUUUGUAGUUGAAUCAAUUUGUGCAACCUUCCCCAGUCCUUCACGCAGUGAAACAAGCCCAAACAUCACAUUUCACAGCUGGUAUGAGGUUCUUCUCCUGAGAAGCGGUCUGUGGUUAGCAACAAAUGUGGCUGCUGUUACUGUGACAACCAACUCUAUCUUUGAUUCCACGUGAUAUAUUACUGCUCUUUGCUUGUAUGGCCAUUAGCAAAGUGCAGUUUUGCUCUUUUCUUUUCUUUUUUUUUUUUGAACAACUGAGGCUUUCGCACACCUCCUGUGCAAGUGAGAUUCGUGUGUUUCAGAAGCAAGCACUUUGAAACCAGUUUCAAGAGUUACCUGCAGAUCCUGGGAUGAAAUUCUGGGGUUCUUGGAGACUACCUUUUGCAUCACAUGGGCUGCUAUCUUUAUUCAUAGAUUACUGUUUCAAAAAUAACUUCUGUUGGAUAUACUUAAGUUUUCAUGUGAGUGAAUUUAAAUCAUCUGCUUGUUUCAUGUGAGAGUAGACUGACAACAACAAUAAUGAAAAUGUACAGUUGUAAGCUAUGAGUCGUAAUCAUAGGAAUCUAAAUUUUUAAGGGCAUGGAAAAGACCCAAUGUGUCAUUUGUAAAUAAUAUCAGAAUACAAAAAUAUACUUGUGAAUCUAUUGAUAGUUGUUGUUUGUGGUAACUGAUCGAUUGAUUAACUGAUAGAACCUGCCUUUCAAAAAUAACUCUGUAUAAUGAACACGACUGCCUACAAGAGAACAUUUUGCUUUGCACAGGCAUUUUUUUGUUAACAGGUACACUCAUUUAUAAAUGUGGCUGUAUAAUAUUAUUCGGGACCAAUCUGUGCUGCUAUUUAAAGCCUAUGCAAUGGUUUAGUACUUUAAUUAGCAGCAAAACAAUACAGGACAUCUGAAGUGAUUUUUUGUAUAAUUUGACCGAUUAAGUAUUUACAACAACAACAACAAAAAAAAACUCUAUGAAGACAAAUGUACUUUUUUUUUUUAAAAAUGUGCUGUUACAGUGUCACUGUACAUUGUGUUUCUGUGUGUUUAAAAAAAUAAUAAUAAUCUGAGUCCAACAUUGCCAUAAAAAGAUUUUUAAAUAUAGACCUACAGUGAAGCUACUCCAUGAAAAUGUAGGGCGACUCAUUUAUACCAGGAGCAGCCCUUGUAAUUAGCUGCUUUCCACUUUUGGCUGCUAUAUUCCUGGUAUAAUAGACAUAGAAUGUGCAUGAGUUCAGUACUUCACCUACUCCGAUGACUAAAGCCAUGAAGAGGUUUAGUCACCACAUUACAAGCAGUGAGAUUUCAAUAAAGCUCAUUUUGUAAGUGAAA